CUGACUCCCAGAAGUGGUAUUUAUGGUGUGAGUUUUAGUGGCACUUUAACAGCUGGAACAUCUGAGGUGGAGCUGAGAGAGUCUUCCUGGAGUGUCUCGCUGGAGUGUCUCUCUCACACUCUACAGAUAGAUUUGUCAUAAACGGUAUCUCUCUGGUUUAAAGAUGAGUUCAAACCGCAAGCAAACCCCUCUGAAUAAGCCCUCUUCGCUGCUGACACGAGAGGAAAAUGAUAUUAUCUUUCGUCUGCUUGGUGCAAGGUGCCAGACACUGAGCACAGCUGUUGUCCAGGUGUUUGGCACUGAUGGACCUCAUCAUAAUUCAUGGCGCAAGCGGUACUUUGGUAUUGCCACCUUCACUAAGGACAAUGUGCGAAGAUCAUAUUACAUACAGGUGUAUGAUAUUGUGGUUGCAAAGCGAGUCUUUGAACAGGAGCUGUAUAAUCAGUUUACUUACUCAGCCUCAAUGCCUUUCUUCCACCAGUUUGAAGCAGAAGAUCAGAUGAUUGGGCUAAACUUUGCCGAUGAGGGAGAAGCCAAUACUUUCAACCAAGCCAUCAGUGAGCGACUAGCUGCUAAACAGCGAAAGAAAGAAGAGAGAAGACGGCAAAGUGAGCACCAACAGAGACAGCUACAACAGCAGCAACAAGUUAAUCAGCAGCAGAAGCAGCAGCAGCAGCAACAGCAGCAGCAGCAGCAGCAGCAGCAGCAGCAGCAGCAGCAGCAGCAGCCUCAGUCAUCAUUUGUGCCCCCAUAUGUUCCUCCCUACAAGGACACCAAAAAGAAAAACAAUAAAAAGGGAAAUAAAAAUCGAAACAAGCUCAGCAAACACGAGAUUGGCAUGCCAAUGGAUUUCAAACACAUCACUCAUGUUGGCUUCAAUCCUGACACUGGAUUUUCUCAGUUCAAUGUGGAUGACAAGCUUGAAGGCUUCUUUAACAUGGUUGGAGUCAGUCAGCAGCAGCUGUCAGAUACGCGCACAAGGGAGUUCAUUUAUGACUUCAUUGAGAGAAAUGGUGGUGUUGAGAAGGCCAUGCAGGAAACCCAGCGAUAUGCAUCAAUGCCUUUGGGCACCACACACACUGAUAACUCAUCCUCACCACCACCCCCACCUACUAAAGCUGCACCACCUCCAACACCCCCAACUAUCCCCUCUCAUAACUCAAUUUCUGGCUCCCGGGCUGCUCCACCACCACCACCUCCACGUACUAAUAAUCAUGGUCAUCCUCCUCCCCCUCCUCCUCCUACAUCUGCUCCACCCCCACCACCCCCACAUCCUCGAGGCCCUAUGCCACCUCCGCCUCCAGGACAGAUAGUAGCAGGACAAAAGACUGCACCCCUACCUCCCAUUCCUGCCUCUAGUCUUCCUCCACCACCCCCUCCAACAUCUACCAUUCCCACUUUCCACCAUGGAAAUAAGGCAGCUGCUCCGCUUCCUCCACCUCCUGCACCUCCAACUAAUGGAGUUCCUCCCCCUCCACCUCCUCCUCCCCCUCCUGGUGGACUUCAUACUGGUGGAGUCAAUAUGGAUACCCGUUCAGCACUUCUGGACCAGAUUCGUACUGGGCCCACAUUAAAGGCCAGUAGUCAGCAUGGUUACCAGAAAGUGGAGCCAUUAGAACGACCAGCACCCACAGACUCCCGCAGCCAGCUGCUGGACCAGAUCAGAUCUGGAAUCAAGCUGAAUCCUGUGGAAGAGAAUGUGGAUAGUGGAGGUGCUGUGAAAUCUAAUGAGCCCAAGUUAGAGGGAUUGGCACUGGACCUGCAUCGUGCACUGACCAGUCGUGCAUUGGUCAUUCAGUCUGAUGAUGACAGCUCUGAUGAUGAUGAAGAUGAGGAAGAUGAGUGGGACGAUGAUGAUACUUGAAAAAGAAGACAUUAAGACAUUUCAUGUCUAAGGUAUAAUUUCUUUAAACUAAGUAAAAUUUCUGAAGCUUGUAUGUAUAGCUUUAUAAUCACAAAUAGAAAAUAAAAAAUUACAUUGAUAAGUCUUAAAAACAAUUUGUUGUAAUUAAUGAAUGAUAAAUAUGUAAUUAAACAGCAUCUGCUGGGGGCUGUUAGUACAUUUUGUUUGUGAAAUAUGCAGAACUGUUCAAUUUAUAGGACCCUGGAUGACACUGACCAAUUUUUCAAGAGAAGAUACUAUACAGUCCAGUAAAAAGACAAAAAUGUAAUACUAGUAUAGUUGAAAUUAGUGAUUGGUCUCUUGUCUGAGCUGAAGGGGACAGCGUAUUUCUGGUAUGGAAAUCCAAGUUUGGCUAUUGAUUAAUUACAGCACUGUACGACUUAUGGUUUUAGUGCUUGGUAUUAAUUAUAAUAAAUAAUAUUGAUUAAUUAGUUAAAUACAUUUUAAAGUAGAAUUUCUGUUAAUUGACAGGUUUGAUAGGACAUGUAAUUCAGGUUAUUUUGAUUACAUAUAUCGAUGCAUACCUUGAUGUCUGAACAGAGGGUGAGAAAUGCAAACAAUUUCUAUCAUUGUUCAUCAUUUAUCAACAUAUUACUGAAACACUCGUACGUAUUGUUACCAUAUUGUGUGUUAGCUCUCAUGAAUAAUAAAAAAAGGCACAAUACUGUGACUGGAACGAUACACAAAUAACCCACACAUAGAAGAGAGGAGCUUACGACUUUGUAAAUGGUUCAACUCGGACCGAAACGUCGCCGUAAGCUCCUCUCUUCUAUGUGCGGGUUAUUUGUGUAUUAGCUCUCAUGUAUUUUAAGCAUCAGAUAGGCAAAUAAUCAAUUAGUACUGUAUCACUAUCUGAAUUUUUUAAUGAUACAAGGUAUAUGUCCCAUAUGUUAUACAUAGAAAUUUUGUACUGUAUAUAAAAUUAUUUUUCAAAAGGUUUUGAAUCUCAAGGAUUUGAUAAGUACAGUGAGGAUCUGGGCUAUGAAUGCUGAAUUGAUUUGUCUGUGCUUGAGUGACCUUGAGACUUUGAAGAAGGUGCACUUGGCCUUGCACUUAAAAGAACUGCUUUAAGAUUGAUGUCCCAUCACUACGAUAAUGUUUUGGGAUGGUGUUGUGCGCAACAUAUAGCUUUAUAUACCAGUAUACUUUAGGUUUAAAUAUUAAAUAAAAUAGUCAAUAUGCAAUGCAUAUACACUUUGGUGAUGGAAGACAAAACUUUGUUAUAAUGAAGUCAAAAGAUCAUGAAAGUGUUUUUCUCAUACGGCAGGCAGUCUGGGGUGUACCGUUAAGUAGAUGAGUAAGACACAUGCAACAGUUGGGUAUCUUUAUACCUGACUGUUCCACAUGCAUCUUACCCAUUACUUUAGGUUUUCACGUGUAACUCCCCUUCCUUCCCACUAUGCUUAGUGCUUAUAUUGAUGUACUGUACCUUCGGAAGAAUCUUGACCUUUGGGUGCAAAAAUGGAGUCAUAAUUUUUUUUCUAUGAUAUUAAGGUAUAUGUGUAAUUGCCUGUGUGUAAUUAUUGUACCUAUUUGUGGUAUUAGAAGCAAAACUGUGUUUGUAGGGUCCCAUUCUCAGUUUUUAGUUUCUUGAAAUGAUUUGAAGAUAAAAAUUGCUUGUAGCACAUAUUACCUUUUGGAUCCAUUCCAGUAUUCUAUCACUAUUUGUGAAGAAUAUCUUAGUGGUAUGCUACUGGUAUUAUUUUUGGGUUACAACUGUGACCCCUCUGUUCUUUUUACUGAUGGUGCCAAGAAAUCUGUUUUCUUCUAUACAGUAGGGCCCCACUUACACGACGGGUUAGGUUCCAGGCUAUCGCCGGAAAGCAGAAUGCCAUUUUUUCCAUUUAUAAAUGCAUAUAAAUGCCAGACAACAAGUUUACACUAAAUUAUAUUAAGUUAGUAAUAGAACUAGGCAUUAAAAACACAAAAAGUAAAAUACAUACACAGUACAUUCAUUACUUAUCUUAAAGAAUUUGUAAUCUUAAUGUAGGCGAGAGGUGAGUAGUACUUAUUUGUAGGAAGUCAGGUGUAGGUAGCCCAGGUGUAGGUAGCCCUCGCUCCCCAUCUCAUACUUAAUAUACGAUAUUUAAAACAUCCCAGAGAGUUAAAAUACACAUACAGUACACUCAUUAUUUACCUUAAAAUAUGUGUAGUCUUAAUAUAGGAAGAGAGGUGAGUAGUAUUUAUUUGUAGGAAGUCAGUGUAGGUAGUCAGUAGGUGUAGCCCUCCUGGCCUACACCUACCGGCUACCUACACUGUGGCCCAGAGCCAUAUGAUUAUCAUCGACAUACCUUGUUCACUGAAUUUAAUUGUUUCUAACAACUACCUUUAGAUGCCAUCAUAAACGAAGGGAGAAGUAAUGAAUAAUUCAUGCCGAAAAUUGUAAACAAAAGUGGAGUGGGGGAGUGGCUGGGCCAAACGCAGAUUCAUACACGUUUUCUCUGGUGCCUGACCAGAGAAAACGUAAUGUUCUCCCUCCGCCCGGCUACCACACAGGUCCACAAGUAUUAUUAUCAGAGCACAUAUAAAAUAUGCAAUAAAUGCCAGAUAACAAGUUUACACUAAUUUAUAUUAAGUUAGCAAUAGAAAUAGGCAUUAAAAACACAAUAAAAGGUAAGAUACACACAGAGUACACUUAUUACUUACCGUAAAAUAUUAAUGUGUGAGGUGAGUGGCAGGGUGUUUAUUGAAUAAAAUCAGAAUGGCACACCAUCAUCCUCUAACUUGGCACUUAAAGCAAGAGGCUUACGACUCCUCUUUUUGUCACAGCUAAGCUUAGACGCCAUCAUCAAUGAGAGCCAGCUAGUUAACGAAAGAGUAAACGAGAGAGAAAACGAGAUAGAGAGUUCAGACAAUGUAAGAAACAAACUGAACAGGUAGUGGGCGAUCACUUGGUCAGGCUAAAUAAAUGCGUAUUAAUGUGUGUCUACUUUUAGUUCAUUCACGUACGUUUGUAAGAGUUUGUAAAACUUAUACCUCACAAUAUUUUUUUUAUUAUACAUGUAAUAAUAAUUACCUCAUAAUACAAAUACUCUUACAUUGUGUACAAGUUGUACAAGCUAGUACAGAAUAAACAAACAGCAACACUCCCAUUCUCAUGCAACACACCAUUUUUAAAUGAAUGAAGAUGAUGAUAUUAUUAUUAUCAUCAUAAUAAAAAAGCGCUAAAGCCACAAAGGUCGUGAAUUGCUAUAUAUAGAGUGAAGGCAUACGAAAGGAAUAUUUUUCUACAGUUAUCCCCCAGUGUUUGACUUGAGAAAACCCAAUUCUUCCGACACUACCUACACAGCUGCUUUGUAAACAAAUCUCAUAUUUACGUUGCUUUUUAUUCUGUGAGUGUAUGUAUCAUGUUUAUAUGCUAUGUAACAUAUUUCUUAUAUAAUUUUUAGGAAAAUAUCAUAGAUGGAUUAAUGAAAAUGUCUAUAUUAAUGUAAAGACAUUUAAUGUGCCCAAGAGUGAUGAUUAUUACGUACUAUUGGCAUCGUGAGUAGAGAGACUCUUAGCGAUUUUAAUGUGUACCUGCACACCAACACAGUGUGUAAGUAUAUUUAGGUACAAGUACACAUAAGUAUAAUUAUCAGAGUACAUAUAAAAUAUGCAAUAACUGUAAAACACUUGAAAUUUUGGAAAGUUUCCAGACAUAAUAGAUGUGGUCAUGGAGAAUGUAAACAAACCGGGUGGGGCGCGCUGUAUAUGAAAGACCGCUUGCCGUAUAGCAAAUUUUGGUCAUAAUUUGACAUCACUGUAUUAGCGGAACGCCAUAAGGCGAAAUGCCGUAAAACGGGGCCCUACUGUACCUUUAUGAUCUUAUUUGCAGUUUUUAUUUGUUUUUCCUGCCAAUCAGAAAGGACAUUUUUCAGUUUUUCAUCCACAUUCAAGUUACAUACAUCUGUGUUGUUUUCUGUUCACACUGUAAAACUUAGAGAUUAUUUAAGCAUUUCUGCCACCACUUGCCAUGCAUAGCUCACCAGUCAUAGAAUCUCAAUGCAGUUUCAACUUAAGCCUUAACUUGCAUCAUUCUGCCAUAUAUUUGAUAACAAAUGCGUGCAUUACAUACCACAGAUGUUCAAAGUACAUGAAACCUGAUUUUUUUAAGCGUUGCAUGAAACACAUGCUCAGUUUGUGCUGUUCCUACUUAUAUUUUAUACCCCAAAAAAUUUAAGGUGUACAGUAUUAUAUUUUACUGGAACUAAUUGAAGAUACUGUCUAUAUACAGUACUACAGGUGUUUAUUGCUUAUAAAAUUUUAGAGGGGAUGUUUGUGGAGUUACAAGAUCAUGGUAAGUGUGUGGGUGGCAGUGUCAGCAUUUGGCUAUGGCAGCAAGUUAAAGGAUGCCUCCCAUUUCUGAUACUCUCAUUGUCAUUCCUUUUUUUUUUUUUUAAUGGGCAAUCAUAUAUUUAUUACCUGGGUGGGAUGAGAGUUUGAAACACACUUAAAGCAAAAUUAAAUCUUUUAUUUAUACAAGACAUUUUGCUUACAAGAGGUUCCAUUUAUCAAGUACUAGAUAAAGACUUAAAAGGUGAAAUGUCGUUUUUAAUACAAGACCUGCAUUCUACUGUACACAUUUUCUACCAGCCUCAGGUAUUUGCCACUGACAGAUGUCUUGCCCAUCCUCAUAUGAGGUACUGCUAUGCAUUAGGCUUUCACUUUCUUUUCAUUAUUGGCUGCGUGACCCUUAUGGGUUUAGCACUUACUUAUGAUAAAAUUUAGUAUGUGAUCUUUUUAUAAUUAGGUUUAAUUUCACAUCUGAUAUCUGCUUGUACUGAGCUGUUACUAGUAUUAUUAUUAUUCUUCUUUCAACAAACCGGCCGUAUCCCACCAAGGCAGGGUGGCCCAAAAAGAAAAACUAAAGUUUCUCUUUUUAAAUUUAGUAAUUUAUACAGGAGAAGGGGUUACUAGCCCCUUGCUCCCGGCAUUUUAGUCGCCUCUUACAACACGCAUAGCUUAUGGAGGAAGAAUUCUGUUCCACUUCCCCAUGGAGAUAAGAGGAAUAAACAAGAACAAGAACUAGUAAGAAAAUAGAAGAAAACCCAGAGGAGUGUGUAUAUAUAUGCUUGUACAUGUAUGUGUAGUGUGACCAAAGUGUAAGAAGAAGUAGCAAGACAUACUUGUAAUCUUGCAUAUUUAUGAGACAAAAGGACACCAGCAAUCCUACCAUCAUGUAAAACAAUUACAGGCUUUCGUUUUACACUCACUUGGCAGGACGGAGUACCUCCCUGGGCAGUUGCUGUCUACCAGCCUACUACCUAGGGUAUUAUUAUUAUAAUCAUAUAAUCAGUAUCACUAUGCCCCAGUUACCUUUUUUUUAUUCUUUUUUCCUGUGUGUGCAUUGGUUCCUACAAAUAUAUAUGGCACUAUUAAGAAUCUCUAAUACGAGUUUACCAAAUAUUUAUUUAUUGAGAAGUUGUGUCCCUGCAUCUGAUUUUUUCAGUCUGGUAAUACAGCGAAGUGCAAUCCAGGGAGGUAUGGCUGAGGAAGAGUACCACAUGUAAAUAUAUUAAAUAUGGGUAUCAGUAUAAUAAUUUAGUUUGUUACAGGUAAAUAUUUUGUUAACUUGUAAGGAAGUUUGCAGGAUUGUUAGGAUGAAGCUGCCUGCUGUAGACUGAAUCUCACUGCCACAUGAUACUUAGUUGUGUGCACUAAAACUCGACAGAAAAUACAUGGCAAAUGCUGUAGAGCAGUGGUUCUCAACCUUCCUGCACAAGUCUGCCACAUUUGACGUUCAAAUGUGCGAUGAGAGCCGCACAGUUUUGUUGAUACUGUGCAGUGUGUAACCUACGUAAAAGUGAAUUCAUAAUUUCAUGUAAGGGACACAUCCAUUUCCUAGGAGGGCCACAUGUGGCCUGCAGGUUGGAGACCCCUGCUGUAGAGUAUUACCCCAUGACUUAUGUAUUAAAAAAAAAAAUGUUCCAUAUCAUUUAUUCAAGGCAGGUAAUGCUUGGGGAAUAUUCUAUCAGACAGCUGUGAAUAUUUUUGGAUUGGUUAUACCUAAAUGCAUUUUUUUGUAACACCAGCCAUUUUCCCACCAAGGUAGGGCAAGUCAAAGGAAGCAGACAUUUCCCUCAUACUCUAACUUUUUACAAUGACUCUUCAGUAUAUUUCCUUAAAGAUACGUAUAUGUCUGCUUAAUAGCUUUAAUAUAUUUUAUAUUUUUCCUUGAUUUGGUUAUCAUUUACUUGAAAUAUUUUCUAUUUUUAUGCACUGAAAUAUUAAAAUACAGAAAAUAUGCUAUACUUCAUAUUUAAUAUAGUACGUUUUCUUUUAAAGAAUACACAUUUUUUGUAAUCUUGAUUGCUAUGGUCUUUUUCACGAUUUCAUACAGAAAUAUAUUUAUUAUUCACUUCUAUUACAUUUAUAUUAUAGGCAUAUGUGUAUAAGGAUGCACGU